GUAAAACAUCAAUAUUAUGGUAUGGACAUGAUUUAUGCUUCGGGAUAUUUCCCUUUUUUGUACGGAGCUUUUUUGUAACACGUGUUUUAACGCCAAAAUUAUUUAUUAACAUUGAACAUCAAUAACUUCCCAUUACCUAUUCAGUGACCAUAGACGUGCAUCGAGAGAAUCGUGAAGUGGAUGACCAAACAAUAGGAUAACAACUAAAUCUUCUUAUUUAUAGUUUAUACCGGAUUAAGUAAAAAUGUCUAGUUUGGUUACAUUAAGCGGAAGAUAUGUAGCUGUUCAUAAAAUGGAAGGAUAUUUACUCGAAAAGUUUCUCUGUGGAUUUUUCAUUGGAGUAAUUCUAUACUUCACGAUCUUAAAUCAUACAGUAACAUUUGAACAAUCAGUAAAGCAAAGUGAUUUUGAUUUAAUACAACGCCUUGCAGACAAGCUAGAAACAUUUGAGCAUAGUAUCUUAGAUCGUAUUCCAAUUCAAAGCAUAAUGCCGGAUUUGGAUUCCGACUUACACUUCCAUCACGAUAAAAUGACAGAAGAAGGAAUUAUGCUGCGAGAAUCUAUUUCAAUAUCAUGUUAUAUUCUGACAAAUAACUGCAUGACUGGUGGAAUUGCUGUAAACAAAACUUGGAGUAAGCGCUGUAAUCACGUCCGGUAUCUAGUAAACAAUGGCGCUAAAACAUGUGGACUUCCGGUUUUAUAUUUGAAAAAUAAGGAAAGGAAAUCAAAAUACCAAGAAGCAAUUUCAAAGAUUUAUGACACGUAUGGAAAUGAGUCUGACUGGACGUUAAUUGCUACGGAUGACAACUAUGUGAUCAUUGAAAAUGUUCGGUAUCUGAUUAACAAAACUUCGUCCGAUGUCCCUGUUAUGUUCGGGUAUAAUAAAGAUUUUCGGGUUUCUCUUCCCCAAUUUAAACAUAGUUCUGUUAUGGUGUUAAGUAAGAGUGCAAUGGCUAAAUACAAACAUUUGAACAACAAAUUUGUGUGUAGGACAAAGAAGUCACUUAAUUUGUAUAACCUUCUCUGCAUGAAACGCAUUGGAAUUUCGUACAAUUCGAAACGGAGCAAAUUAUUCAAUAUCAUCCCAAUAGAAAUGUCUCAUUAUGCUUCGAGUAGUUCGAUAAAAUUAAAUGAUCACUUUGCAAGUUUUCGUUGUGUAAGCCCAAAGAAGAUGCUUGGAUUUGAGUUUUUCGUCUAUCACUUACGGCCACAUAGCUUGCACUGAAUGUCAGCUUACACGAAAUCGAACACGUUUGCAAUAAAGCAACAUAUAUGCUACAAUCAAAAAUAUGAUUAUAAUAACUGA